AUGGCGAGUCACAACGAAUAUUUGGAUAUUAUGGAGUUUAAUCCGAAGAAAGCACGGGAUCUUUAUGUACAAACUGUUUCAUGUGACGACGCAGCUCAUCUUUCUGUUCAAGAGUAUCUUCAGAAAGCCUUGAACGAAGUCAAUGGACGCAUUCUUGGAAUACCAAAACAGGAGCAAAGUGGAGAGGAUUUGUGCGGCGAGGAAGAACUGGAUUAUUGUGCACUCUGGCACUGCCUUGAAAAUAGACUGGUUGUUUCAAUGUAUGUUAGACAAGGGCUGACUUGA